AGCUUUUGCUAACAUUAACGUUCUACGCACGUAAAACAUAAAAUUACGAAAAAACAUGUAAGAAGAAAUUACUUUAUUUUCUGUUCAAAUUACUUUUCGUAUAUUUUCAAUCUCAUUGCAUAGUUAUACGACGUGUUUUAGACUUCGUAAAAUCCUAAUUUAUCAACUUGCUUUUCCUCAUUAAAAAAGAAAGUUUAAAUCGAAUCUCUUAUUAAUUUACUCAAUUUAUAACUGAUAAAAUCAGUAUCAGCAGAAAAAACAUUGAAUUGAUUGGUUUUAUCAUCUUUUUUUUACAAUGGCGACGAAAUCAAGCAGUGAGACUGGCGUAGCGUCUCAUCACGUUCCUCAAAAUACCCCGAAACCCCGCGAAUCGAAAAGCUCCAAGGCCUCCAAAAUCAAGAAGAACGUUUUCAUUUCACACAGCACCGAAAGCGACUAUCUGGAGCGGAAAUUUGUGACAGAGUUUGUGUCGACUCUGAAAACCGAGUACAAUUUAGAGAACGACUUGUGGUUUGACAUCCACGAGAAGUGUUUGUUCACGUCUAGUUGGAUGUCUUUGAGACUUGAGAAUGCUGAAAAAUGCAAAUGUGCGGUGGUUGUGCUGUCAAAUGCGUACAUGGACAACAGGCAGUGUGUGAACGAACUGAAGACGAUUUUGGAACGAAGUCGUCAGAACCCGAAAGGCAUCAAAGUGUACGUGGUGUUGUAUGAAGCGGCCGAGUUGUCCUCUGCCAUCAACGAGCAGAUCAGCGGGAAGGUGGAUUUGAGUACAUAUGACUCAGACAACAUCAGUGAAAAAAUUUUCAUCGCGACUGGCACGCUUGGACCGCAGAUAGAGAAACGUUUCGCCAAAAACCCAACAUCAGAUAAGGGCAUCGGAACAUCCGACGCACCGCCGGACGAAGGCGCGGAGAACAACUCGGAAUACAAAAAGAAAGCAUUGCUCCAUUGGGAGGUGAACGACGUUCAAAACUGGCUGAGGUCAAAAGGAGUCUCUGAUUUUUUCACCGACGCUUUCCUGGAGCGAAAAAUUGACGGAUUUCUACUCGCUUCACUCGGCGAAAAGGAACUGACCGACUAUUUGCUGAUCGACAAGCGACACAUCAGCAAAAAGAUCCCAGAGCUGGUUCAAGAAAGACUGAAGCAGGAUUUGAACAGAGAGGAGGCUUGGCAUUGUAGGCUGAGUAACACGAAAGAGAAACCGUCCACAAUUUACAUCAUUUUCGACCCGAAAGACAUCGCGAUUGCGUUCAACGUACAGAAGUAUUUUACUGCAAAAGGGUUCAAUGUGACAUACCAUCAGAAACUGGGUGCAUCCAGAGAGGAGUUCCUGAUAGCCAAUGGACCAAUCAUGGCCCAGUGCAGCAACUUCCUCGUCAUCGUCAGCCAAUCAGGAGCCGGCUCUCCCUUUGUGUACAACGAAGUAGUGUUUGUCGAGUGGAUGGAACGAAACUUGUGCACCAUUCUCGUUCGAGAAGAGGGAAUCGAGUCCAAAAUGAGACCAGGUCUGAAAGCCAUCCUUCAAGACAAACCUGCAGCCACUUUAAACAUGUCAUCAUUUGGUCAGGACAUGGAAGUAGUGGAGUACCUGGUCACUCCUGCGAACCCUAUUCCCUCCAAUGUAGUCCUCCAGCAAGAGUAUGUUUAUAUGUUGACUGAAAAUAUCAGGUUCCUGGUGGACUUCCUGGAGUCCAGUUCCUUCGGAGACUUGGAUGCGAACUCGGCGAUUCCCUCUGUAUUUAUCAGUUAUCAUUGGGAUAUUCAGGUGCAAGCUUACAAACUGUCUGAACUUCUGCAGUACUACGGGAUCCCAAGCUGGGCAGAUUUCAGUUCAGCAGCCACUCCUCAGAGAAGCCAACCUUCUUCCUCUAAAGGGUCGUCAAGCAGCCACGCCUCCAAACCCUUCGAACCCGCCAAACUCGACAACCUUCAGAAUCAAAUCAUCAGGAACAUCCGAAAAUGCACUGUUGUUCUGUGUUGUUUCUCGGAAGAGUAUUCACACUCGAGUAAUUGUCACAAAGAUCUCUAUACAGCCAUGACAGUCGGCAAACCUAUCAUUCCAGUUUUGUUGACAAACACGAAGUUUCCGCCCGAAGCCCCGGCUGAGGUUCGAACUCUGAUGCAAAAAUACACAGAAAGAGUUCUGGAUUUGUCAACUGGCAGGCUGUUGCAACAGAAUUUGCCGAAGCUUGUUCAGACUAUUCACAGAGUCAAUAAUCUGUGAUUUACAACGAAAAACGAUAGUUGACAUCAUCGCAUAAUCAUCAAGUUUCCAAUACGAAAUUGGACAGCAAAUUUUAAUAUAAAAUUACCAUUUUGUUAGCAUUUCAUUACACAAUUUGUGAAAAAGGCAACUUUUUAAAUUCCAGUCAAGUUUGCUAAGACAACAUAAGCUUAGAAUGCUGCUGAAAUUCUAAGAAAAUGGAAACUUUA